CUCUGCACCAGAUAUGGAUGACUCGAGCAACAUAACGUUUGACUAUGACAAUGACUAUGAGGAUGAAGUUUGUGAAAAACGUGAAGUGGUCAAAUUUGGGUCCAUCGCCAUUCCUAUUUUCUUCUCUAUUGUCUUCUCUCUGAGUCUUACUGGAAACAUCCUGGUCCUCAUCAUCCUGGCUUUGUAUGAAAACCUGAAAUCUCUGACCAACAUCUUCAUCUUCAACCUGGCCAUCUCUGACCUCGUCUUCACUAUCGGCCUCCCCUUCUGGGCCAUCUACCACAUCUGGGGAUGGGUGUUUUCAGAGUAUGUGUGCAAGAUUGUGAAGUUUGUCUUUUUUACUGGGUUUUAUAGUAGCGUCCUUUUCCUGACCGUCAUGACCAUUUAUAGGUAUUUGGUUGUGGUCUAUCCUCUCUCUGGCAUAACUACUAUGAAAUUUUGGACUGGGUUUUUCCUGUCUGUCCUCACAUGGAUCAUUAGUAUUGGAGCAGCUAUGCCAUCCCUGCUCCAGACAGCCAUUGUCAAAAUCCAUCACGAAGAAUCAGACUCCUUGGGCUGUGAAUAUAAGACCGUCGAAUGGAAAAUCAUUGGGAUGUCUCAGCAGAAUGUCUUCUUCCUGGCUGCGUUUGCAGUGAUGGCUUUCUGCUACAUUCAGAUAUUAAGGAGAAUCACAAGAACAAGGUCCCACACUAAGAACAGAGCUGUGAAGUUAGUUUUCUGCAUCGUGGCUGUCUUUUUUGUGGGCUGGGUGCCCUACAACCUGGUCAUCUUUUUGAGAGCCUUAUCACACAAAGCACAUUACCCUUUUAAUGACUGUACAGUGAGCAUUCAGCUUGACUAUGCUUUCCAAGUGUGUCGGUUCAUUGCUUUCUCUCACUGCUGCUUGAACCCUGUCUUUUAUGCAUUUGUUGGUGUGAAGUUCAGGAACCAUUUGAAGUCACUGCUGCAUCGAAUGUUUAGGCGCCCGAGUCCAGUGAAAGAUCAAGAUGCCAACAGGCUGAAUCUCGCUUCACGAGGAUCAAUGUACUAGAUGCAAAUAUACAUUUUCCUAUUUUUAUGCCUCAACGUUUAUAAUUUGCUGAUACAUGGUUGUGUAAAAAUUAAUGGAGGUACUUUAUAUGAGACAUUUUUAAACAUGCUGCUAUAGCUACAAAGUUAGAUAUUUGUACUCACUAUUUAUACACAGUGUGAGGCAACAAGAGAACAUUGUAUGAUUUGUUGUAGUAUAAGGAAUAGAGGCAAUCUGGUGUCAGCCAUCUUUCAUUAACUCCCUUAGGGGUUUAGAUUAGGCCAGUUUGUUGACUAAAUGUACAGUAGGACAGUAAUAUUUCAUUAUUUGAUAGAUAAGAGCCCUGAUGAAAAAUAAAACCAGCAACUCUAUAAGGCCUGCCAGCAGAGGGAAGCAUGACUAAAACCCAAAAAACACCUUGAAUCUUUUGACUGUUAACUCUUCACCUUAAGCCCCUCUCACAUCUUGACGAUUUAGCCAGCGUAUGCUGAAGGGGGAAAAGGGGGGGUGACAGCCUAGUGGUUAGGGCAUAGACCCAGAGGUGGCAAGUAACGAUUACAAAUACUUUGUUACUGUACUUAAGUACACUUUUUAGGUAUCUAUACUUUACUCCAUUACUUAUUUUUCUUCCUACUUCUGACUUAUACUAAAAACCUUUUCACACCAGUAUCUGUACUUUCUAUUCCUUACAUUUUUAAAAGCAUGUUGAAAUGUCUGAAAGGUCGGACACAGGCGAGAGCGUAUCUCGGCCCUAUCUCGAAGCAUUUUUCGAAAUUGAGCUUUUGAUUCCUAUAGUGGCAUCUGGCUGUUUAUUUUAUUUUAUACUUUAAGUAUGAAAGUAUAAAGUAACUCCCACAGACUGCCACACUGGAUCUUCUAAAACACUGGCAGAUGCCGAACUUCCUAUAUAAUUUUUCAAUUUUGGGUGCAUCAUAGAGUAUUCAUAAUGAGUCCAGAAUUUAUCUCCAGCAACAGCCUAUCUUAUGCAUAACAGACGGCAGCGUAAUGCCUAUGAAAUGAUGCACAAAGGAGUGUCCUGAGGGGGACAGCAAUACACACGGUGGCACCUGGUCUGCAUAAAAAGCACAAGAAGAAGAUUCCACUAAAUGCCAUUAUACAGUAGCUGUAAAUUAGAAACUUGUUCAGCGGUCGUCUGGAACACAUCAAAUACUUUGAUAUGCAUUGGAGAUAAGUUAUGCAUAAGUUAUGCAUAAGUUAUACACAAGUUACUCAUAGAUUUUGGAUAAGCUAGACACCAUGACUUAUGGGUAACUUAAACUUAACGUAUGUUAACAAUCAAAUAACUUACCUGUAACUUAUGCCCCACGUAUGGCAUACACUGGCAUACGUCAAGACUUGUGCUCAACAUACAGUACUUGCCGUAUGUCGACAUGAUUCAGCGUGUUUCAGCGUGCUCCACUUAUACAAAACUGCCCCAUAGCAUACCAACAUAUGCCAAUGUUUUUGCCAGAUUUUUCGUACAUCAGGCUGGCUAAAUCAAGAUGUGACAGGGGAUUCAUUUUCCAAUUGAAAUAAAAACAAUGAAACAGUCCUUGCAUCAUCCAGGCUCCAUUCAUCUAUCCUUGCAUCCUUGGAGUGGCUUAAUUAAAGUAAUGUCUCCAAAUCUUGUGAAUCUCCAAAAACUCUUGAAUAGAAUUUGCUCCACAAUCCUUUGAAGGCAUCAGUUAUUAUAGAUACAUGUAUACAUUCUUCUAAUAUACUUUUUCACUAAAUUAUUUAGUUUAUUUGGAUACAGCCCUCUCUGCACAAAAUGCUUCUUUAACAAUGACUUUUAGUGGCUUACCGUGCAUUUAUUCAGCAGUCUUUCCUAAGUACGUGUAGGUUAUAAAAUACAGGAUGUGUAAAAAAAAAUACAUUUUAUUUAAACACUUGUCUGAUGUAUUUUCUAUUUUUUUUAAGAAGCUGAAUAUUGAGGUUUAGCAAUAAUAAUCAAAGCCAUAACCAUAGAACAUAAUUUGUGUAAUUAGUCUAUAAUACAUGUUUUACUCUGGGCUGAAUUACUGAAAUAAAUUAACAUUUUCUACAUGAUUCUAGUUUGUUGAAUUUCUUUAGUUGUUUUUAUAAUGGUAGCAUGUUAAAAGAAAAUUAAACUGCUCUUUUCUAUUCUGGUAACAAGGAUG